AGUCGGUGUAGAAGCAGACAUGAGUCAAAAGAUCGUAAAGGAGGACAGUCAACGUCCAAGUUCAACAGAGCCGAGGAUCAACCUGGAACGAAGAGAAGAGCGUAAAAGGAAGAGGGUAACAAGCUGCCCUCGAGAAGAAAAGAAGAAGUUCAACGGUACACCCGGCUUAAGGCAUGAGCACAACUCUAAAGAAUGAAAAUGUCAGGUUGGCGCCAGCCAGUGCGAGAAGAUGGACCCAACCAUGAAGAAAACGAAGCCAGAAAAGCCCAACCAAAGGGAGGGAAAAGAAAAGAACAGUGGGGUGAGAGCAAGCAAGGAAAAGGGAUAACCGAGAGAAUGGCAAAAGGGACCCAGCGGGUAUCUGAAACCGAGAUGGAGAUGGAGUAUGUACUGUAUGUACAUAAACAUGCGUACAUACAUCACAGAAACUGGCGGAGGGAGGGAGCCCUUGGCUUUCCCGGGCGUCGAUCGGUGUGUCCGAUUCACUCUUGCAUAGCCCACGCAUGCCAGUUAAUUGCUGUACACAGAUCUGAGUCGAAUCCAUUCCAAUCACUUGAUCUUGAUGGUGGGCGUGUCGCACGCUCUGCGACCACUUAUCUCCAGUCGCUUGGAGCACGGAGGCGUCUCGACGACGGGACGAGAGGGAGGAACAAGAAUCGGAACCUGGAAGUCAGGAACCGAGGUUGCGGAAUGUGCGAGUCCCUGGAGUUCGCUGACGUUUGACACUGUCGCUUGGCACGCCGGGCCCCACAUUGUCUUUCAGGGACGGGCUUUGGGCUUUCCGGCGGUGGUCGUCUGAAACGUUAGUGCCAAAUGGACCGCCGAAGUGACAACCCCUGCCUCCC